AUGGCAUCAUCUUCUUCACAGAUUUGUGCAUUGCUGAUGGCUUUAGCAGGACUCAGCACUUUACUGUUUGCUACCAUGUCAAACAGGUGGAAAAUUUUGGACACCACCACAGAUGCAGUUACUGCAGAUUGGGUGUCUGAAGGUCUUUGGAUGGACUGUGCAGCAACUGCUGUUGGAUCAGUACAGUGCAAGACGUUUCUCUACAUGUUGAAUUCGGACACUCACGUUCAGGCAUGCCGUGCCUUGAUGAUUGCUUCCAUCCUUUUGGGAUUCCUAGGUGCAGUACUCUCACUGCUUGGUUUGAAGUGCACAAACAUUGGGUCGAGCGAUGAAGAUGCAAAAAUGAAGUUUGCUGUCACAGGAGGAUUUCUUUUUAUUUUAGGAGGUCUGUGCUCCAUGGUGGCUGUCUCGUGGUAUGCUGCGAUGGUUACUGCUCAGUUUUUUGACCCAUUGUACGCUGGGACCAAAUAUGAACUAGGAGAAGCUCUGUACUUAGGUUGGGCUGGAUCAGUUCUUUAUAUGGUUGGUGGGAUCUUACUGACCUGUGCAUGCAAAGGAAAGGAAAAACAGAAUUACAGUGUCAACAAAUAUGGAUAUUCAGCAGGCCAGGCAGCUCUUCAGCCACACACGUACCCCAGGACCUCUGAGACAGUCAUCAGCAACAAGGAGUAUGUCUAA